UGCGCGCGCGCGUCAGGUGAUCCUCCGGCCAGCGGGGAGUGUGGAUGUGCGCACUAGCCUGACGGGAGAAAAUGCAAAAUGGCACGCUGGGAAUGUGACGGGAUUGUGGGCUCCCCGUCUCCUGCUGCCCCAGCUCCCGGGAUCCGUGGCUGGAGGAUGAAGAGCUAGACCUAUUCUGCUUCAGUCGUUCCUGUGAUAUUUUGUCAGCGCUGGGUAUCUGCAUCUGUCACUGCUGGAAGAGGGGUGCCGCCGCUCUAUUCCUUAUACGGCCUCUUUGGAUCCAUUGGAUUUUCCCCUGCGCCUACGGGGAUUUUGUGUGGCCCGGGCGGCGGAUAGACUGCAGGAGCUCCAGCUAGUGAUUUGGGGGAGCGGCACGUGUAGGUUACUAGGUUAGUGUAAGCCAUGGGGCUGUGUUACAGUCUACGGCCGCGGCUCUUUGGAGAUCCCAGUGGUUCCGUCUCUAACGCUGCCACCACCACCUCGGACAGCGAACAGCCGCCGGAAUUGUCAGUGCCGCUCCGAGCCGGGGACCUGAGGCAAGGGGACCUACACCGGCCGGGGGCGUCACAGACACGAGAUGUACCGGGACAGCCCCGCAGAGUGGAGCAGUGCAAGCCCGGCCGAGGAGGGGACAGCGCGGAUGGACUCGUGCUCUUACUGCAGAAUGGGGGAGGCAGCGGGGAGAGCAAAGAGCAGCACAAGGCCAGCAAAGCGCCGCACCCCCAGCAGCAGCAGCCGCCGCAGCACCCUCUGCACAAGGGAUGGGACAAGCUCCGACUGGAGGAGAAGGAGGCAGAGAAAGAGGCCAAGAAAGUGAGCAAGAGCAUAGACAGGGUGCUGAAGGAGCAGAAGAGGGAAUACAAACAGACGCACAGGCUGCUCCUACUAGGUGCUGGGGAAUCGGGAAAAAGCACGAUUGUGAAACAGAUGAGGAUUCUUCACGUUAAUGGAUUUAAUUCAGAAGAAAAGAAACAGAAAAUUCAGGAUAUUCGCAAAAAUGUUAAAGACGCCAUUGUGACCAUAGUUUCAGCAAUGAGCACUUUAAUACCUCCAGUUCCACUGGCCAAUCCGGAAAAUCAGUUCCGAAUUGACUACAUCAAGAGUAUAGCUCCGUUGUCUGACUUUGAUUAUACGCAGGAAUUUUUUGACCAUGCACAAAAGCUGUGGGAUGACGAUGGUGUGAAGGCAUGCUUUGAGAGGUCUAAUGAAUAUCAGCUUAUUGACUGUGCACAAUACUUUUUAGAGAGAAUUGACCAUGUUAGACAAAACGACUACACACCAACAGAUCAGGACUUAUUAAGAUGCAGAGUUUUGACAUCAGGGAUAUUUGAAACAAGAUUUCAAGUAGAUAAAGUAAAUUUUCACAUGUUCGAUGUAGGUGGACAAAGAGAUGAGAGAAGAAAGUGGAUUCAGUGUUUUAAUGAUGUCACAGCUAUCAUUUUUGUAGUUGCUAGUAGCAGUUACAACAUGGUUAUACGGGAAGACAAUAACACAAAUAGACUACGAGAAGCACUGGACCUGUUUAAGAGCAUCUGGAAUAACAGGUGGUUAAGAACUAUUUCUGUCAUCUUGUUUCUAAACAAGCAAGACAUGUUAGCUGAAAAAGUCUUGGCAGGAAAAUCCAAAAUAGAAGAUUAUUUCCCAGAAUAUGUGCGCUACACUAUACCGGAUGAUGCAGUACCAGAUGCAGGAGAGGAUCCAAAAGUGACAAGAGCCAAGUUCUUCAUUCGUGACGAGUUUUUAAGGAUAAGUACAGCAAGUGGUGAUGGAAGACAUUACUGCUACCCUCAUUUUACCUGUGCUGUGGACACUGAGAACAUUCGCAGAGUUUUCAAUGACUGUCGAGACAUCAUCCAGAGAAUGCACCUCCGCCAAUAUGAACUCUUGUAAUCUCUAUCACCGUGGAGCCUGUGGUUUUAAAUUCUUUGCUACUUUUACUGUCUCUUUGCUCUGUAUUGCUCCACACAGGGUGGAAAUCCCUCCAGUGCACAUUUUUAUUUCCUUUGUUAAUUUUAUUUUUAGCUGAUUUUUUUUAUUUUUAUUUUUUUUAAUUUCCUCCCACACACCCCCCCCCCCUAUCGAGAGAGCACAUCUUGUGUCCUAAGAUUAUUCCUUACACAUGCCACUUUGUACCAUUCCACUAGGCCAGUGCUGCUCAACAUGUGGCUGAGAAUAGCACUGGGCCUUUUGCAAAUCCCUAACUGUUCGCUUAGUAAGCCACUUUUUGUAAACUCACAUUUCCUUUUCACAUUCUGUACCCCCUCUUAGCUGAAGGCUUUUGCUUAUUGCCAUCGGACAGACAUGCUGCAUGCCUAUUCCUGCUAGGCCGAGCAUGCAGCUCUCUCUUCUUGUUUCAGGGAUUGCAGACAGAUGUUAAAGGGUGAGCAGAGUUGGUGUAAGCACUCCUUAAAGCCCCCUCCAGGCGGCAUUACCUGCUCAUGUGACAGACCGCAGUUAAGGAUGAGGUUGAGAUAACUCUCACGGAACACUAGUUACUACGGAGCACUUUUUAUUCUUUUUUUUUUUUUUUUUUUUUUUUGCAACUGUAGAAAAUGUUUGAAUGAUUUCAUGUUCCUCUUGAAUUUGAAGUUGAAAAAAGACCACUUCUAGUGCAGGGGUGUCAAGCUCUCGGCCUGAAGCUUUGGGCACAAGCUGCUCCCACAAUGGUGGAAGAUGAAGGAAUUUUUAGUUCACUUCCAGUGAACAAGGAGCUGGCUGUUUGCCAUCCCUAAAGAGGCUAUAAUUCAACCAUGCAGUGACACGAGAGGCAAUAUAAUAUCUUUAUUUUCUUCUAAAAUAUCAUAGUUUGCACCUUUACACACAAGUGAAAUCAGCUUUGGUAUCCGUCAUAACAAAAGUGCAGAGGGUUGGAGGUAAAGUUUGCAAACAAGCCAUUGAACUACAUAGGAAAGUCCUCUGUGUGGUUCACUCCUAGCUGCCAAAGCUGAAUGCACAGAAGGAGCCUCUAGCAGCUAAAGUUACAUGUUCCUAUUAGGAAGGCGGGACUGUAUAUCGACCUCCUCAGAUAAGGAAAAAGAAGGUGGCUCUCUGAAUAACAAAUUAAUACCAUCCACUGAGCCCUGGGCUACCUCUGUUAUAUUGCAACGGUCCCUUGUAACAUGUAUCCAUCUGUCAGAUGGCACUAUGCUCAGACCUAUCCCUGUGUGGUUUUAUAUCUAGAAAUUUUUGUUUUCGUUAUAGUAUUUUUCUUUCAAUGACACUGAAGAGUACUUGAUGGAGGGAAAAAAUGAAUAAUGCACUUUGUAUCAGGUUCAUUACAAAAAAAAACAACAUACUGUUGAGGAACUAUACACAAUGUAGCAGCAACAGAAUAUUUAUUAAUGUCACAGGUUUUUUGUUUUUUUUUAGCAUUGAGUUGCGGGUCAGCUGGUGCAGUGACCCGAGCUCUAACGCCUAAAGUUGUAAAAGGCCAGGCCUGUGAAUCAUUGCAGAGCAAUCAGGGCCUGGGCCUUUUCCAAGACCAUUCGAAGAUGCAGAACGUACGUGGAGCAGUACCUAUAUUAGAUAAUGAAGGGGAAGAGUAAAGAUAAGCAAUUUUUUUAAAACUUUUAUUUUGAUGGUGUUUUGUGGCUAAAUGUUUCUGCACACCUCAGGCAUUCAAACUGCAGCUGCUUUCAGCCUCUCACAAGAAGGCAGAAAAAGAAAAAAAAAUCACCCUCACUGAUAUUAUACGUUUGUCCACUAACGAUCUGUUUAGCCUUAGAUCAUUACUGGGCGUUAGUCCUCUAUAUUGUUUUUUUUUUUUUUUUUUUUUUAAUUUUCUUUCUUUUUUUUUUUCUUUUUUUCCCCUUUUGAUUUUAUCUGCUGGUUUAUUAUAAUGUACAGAUGUAAAAUGUAAUAUUAUUUUGUACAACUUUAUUGAAAAAAAAACAUAAUACUUGUAGAAGAUCUUUGUGCCUUGAUUAUGGCUGUACCUGUAAAAUGAGCUAAGAUGUAAGUAUGUUUUUUGAUUGCGCUGUACAGCUUGAUGUCAAACUUACCUGCAGCUGUGACUGCAGUUAAGACCUAUCUGUAGAAUUUAGUUUUUUUUUCUGGUUUAUAUAAAAGAAGGAAAUGCUCUUUAGUACAAAAAAGACAAAAACAAACUAAAAAAAAAAUAUAUAUAUAUACAUUAUGCAAAUUAACCACUUACCUUUAUAAAGAAGGUCCUAGCAGCAGUGAUGUCCAACUAGCGGCUUUCCAGCGGUUGUAAUGUUCAACUUGAGCUGAAGGACCACAGGAGGGACCCACUUUGCUGUACGGGGACCACUUGUUGCAACAAACAUGCCUUUUUCCCUCUAUUUUUAUGUGAAGGCGAGGGAAGGAGCAGAGAGUCUCCGCUUUAAACACAUUGGAAUUCAUUUUUAUGUCCACAUUUGCAACCUAGUGGUGUAUUAGUGGGAACAGUCUUUCUUUUUUUUUUUUUAAAACACUUUUUUGGUUUUCUAGAAACCCUCCCCAAAAAAAGGAAACUUCCAGCACCAUUAGUUACGGCUUGUCUCCUUUUGUAACAGCAGCUGCUUUUAUUGUGCACAGCGAGUAGCACGACUUGGAAAGGACAAGGUGUAGCCUGAUCAAUUAUACAAUGACAUUUUCAUUUCUCUUUUUAAUAAAGAGACCCAUUAGAAAGCUGGUUUAUUUUAAAUAUUCUAGAAUUGAUUAUGUGUGAAUAUUUCUCAAACUUGAAUAAUUUAUGCAAAUGUUCUCUGAAGAAGUUGUGGUACAAUACUAUAUAAAUAUAUAUAUAUAUUAUAAAUAUAAAAAAAAGCAAGAACUGCUGUAGCAAUAAGGCAUGUCCUUUUUAGUAACUAUUACACUGCUUUAUAUUUUA